AUGCCUCGCAUUCUCCUCCUCUGUUUCAUUCAUGGGUUCAAGGGUAACGACGACACAUUUCGCGACUUUCCCGAUGACCUGAAGCUACAAGUUGCUCGCGAACUGCCCAGCGAGCGCGUCGAAAGCGUCGUCUAUCCCACCUAUGAGACCAAAGGAGAGCUGGCGCAGGCCAGCCAGGCCUUCCUGGAAUGGCUGAAGGAGCGUGUCAUGGACAUUCGAAAGACGCAUCUGGAGAAGCCGUGGCCUCCUGACGACAGAGAGGUUGGUGUCGUGCUCGUUGCACACUCUAUGGGUGGAUUCGUGGCUGCCGACGCCCUGUUCCUCUCCCUCAACGAGAGGCUAGACUCCGAGACGGCGGACAAAACCCCGUUCCCUCUCAUCCAAGGAAUCCUCACAUUCGACACCCCGUACAAUGGUCUCGCAAGGUCCAUGUUUGUCUAUGGCGCCUUCUCCAACUACCAAAAGGUCAGCAAUGUCUUCAACGUCAUGACCGCGCUUGGCGCAGCAGCGCCAGCCGGCCUGAGAAGCCUCGCGACGCAACGCGCUACCAGGUCUGCCGCGGUACCUGCUGCCUCACGGUCGAACCCGGCGUGGAAAACCUGGCAGCUUGUGGCUGUUCGGACCGGAACCGUCGGCGCGAUCGCUGCUGGAGGCGUCGCGGCAUACGUGCAUCGAGAGGCCAUCAUGAAGGGCAUGCAGAAGGUGAAGAACAUCAAUAGAGACACGGUCGCGGACGGCUAUCGCCAGAGCAUGGAGACGCUGGGCCAAGGCCUUGCGUAUGUCAACCGAGGCAAUGUCGGGCACUCCUUUGCUUGGCUCUCGGAUCACUUUACCUUUGUCGGCUCUCUCAUGAAGCAGAACGAACUUUGCCGCCGGCUCGACCGCAUGGGGUCUCUGAAGGGUGUCGGUAUCCAGGACUUCUACACCUCUUUGGGUGAGAACGGGUACUGGCGUGGGGGUUACUUUGUCCCAGAGCGGACGUUCUGCGCCAUUCCACCGGAAGAUCACGUCGCCAACCCGCUCUUCACUCGCUACGUGAUGCGCGAUGCCGAAGACGAAGUCAUGGCGCACAUGACCAUGUUCAAGCCCGAGAAGAACAAGGCGUACGAACGCAUGACCGGCGAAGCGGUGGAAUGCGUGAAGAAGUGGUUCCUCAGCGACGAGCCACUGUUUGACGACCCCAAGUUCCGCGAGGUACCUCCCGAGGAGGUCAAAGAAGACCACGUGGCCGAUGAGACUCUCAAAGAGCAAGAGAAAGCGAUCCAGGACCAGGACAAAGGACAAGUAACGGCCGCUGCGGAUGACGGAGAUGAUCUGCCGGACGAAUCUCCUAUUGACAUUGCCGCAGCCGCAUCCAUGGUACCUCUGCCUGACGGUGAAGAAGGCGACAUAGUCGUGCCAAGCGAGGACGAGAGCGCAGAUUCCAAUGAACGAAAACGGACGUACCGCCAGUACCUCUUUCAGAUUGCGCAGCAGACCGGUCAAGGGGCCAAAGCUUGGUGGCCAUCGAAGAUGCCUCAGAUGCCCCAGAUGCCCAACGUAUCCAUGCCAUCGAUGCCGCAAAUGCCGCAGAUGCCAUCUGCGGUGUCGGGGCUUGAGCGGAUCCCUGUGCCGGGAUGGGACCUUUUCAGCAAAAAGGACACAAAAGACGAGUCGCAGGAGAAGGCCGCGAGCGCGGCGGCUGAGGGAGGCGAGAAGGUACAGGACACAACAGGCGACGCCGAGGUGAAGAACACGGACGCGAUAGGCAAACCCGAGGAGACAGCCACGAACACAACAGAAGAGAAAGACACGCCUGUGACAAGUAACACCCAGGAGACUGUCACGGAUGCAACAAAAGACGCCGGAGAGACGAGCGCGAACACAACUAGCGGCACCGGAGGAAAGGCCACUGCUGAAUAG